GUUUCCGAAAGUGAACCGAAGGCUGGCUCAAUUUGUGAUUUAAAUAAUAUUUUGAAUUCGAAGUAAAAUUUUGCAACAGAGGUGUAAAAUGUAUCGGGUUUGUGAAUAAAGCAUGUAUUUAAGUGUAUAAAUUUAAAAAAAAAUAAUCUUAUUGGUUAAUGUAAUGCAUAUGCUUUGGUUGGCGCGGGGUGUGUAGUUCUGCAGCUCAGGGUUGGGAUUUCAGGUUAAAUAUUCAAAAUGGCGGACGGAGGAGCAGCGAGUCAAGAUGAGAGUUCAGGAGCAGACUUCUUUUGAAAAUGCACAUCAAGAUGACAUGCAAGAAUCAAGAAUGAGUAAUCCGUCAGAAACGAGUAAACCUGCGAUGGAGAGUGCUGAUGGGAGCACAGAUAUAUAUACAACAGGAUAUGGUCCACUACAACAUCUAAUUUGCUGGGAUGUCCUGGCUGCAGGCAGCAAACUUGCAAGUUCCCAAACAAAUGGAUUGGACUUUCAGAGACAGUCUGUGCAAACAAGUGCAAUCACUAAUGCACAUGCACAGGCAUUACUUCAUCAGGUCCAUCUUGCAGGAGCAAGUUUACAGGCUGCUUCUCAGACAGUAAAUUUCCAGUCUAAAACAGAAGAAUCUGCUGAUUCUCAAGUCUCAAGUCAGCCUUCCAUUCAGCACUCAGUACAGGGUGCCCUCCCACAGACUCCGCUCAUGUUGGCAGGAGGACAGAUCACUGGACUAACCUUGACGCCUGCACAGCAGCAGUUACUACUCCAACAAGCACAGGCUCAGCUGCUGGCAGCAGCAGUCCAACACUCUGCCAAUCAGCAACAUAAUGCCACCGGGGCAACCAUCUCUGCGUCCGCAGCUACUCCAAUGACACACAUACCCCUUUCACAGCCUAUCCAAAUAACACCAGACCUGCAGCAGCUUCAGCAGUUUCAGCAGCAAAACCUGAAUCUACAGCAGUUUGUGUUGGUGCAGCCGGGACACCCAAUUGCAACCCAGUUGCAACCGGCUCAGUUCAUUAUAUCACAGACUCCGCAGGGGCAGCAGAGUCUCCUGCAAGCUCAAAAUCUUUUAACACAACUACCUCAGCAAAGCCAAGCUAACCUCCUGCAGUCACAACCAAGCAUCACCCUCACUGCACAGCCAGCUACGCCGACGCGCACAAUAGCGGCGACACCCAUUCAGCCACUUCCACAGAACCAGAUGACACCAAAGCGCAUAGACACUCCCAGUUUAGAGGAGCCCAGUGAUCUGGAGGAGUUGGAGCAGUUUGCUAAAACUUUCAAACAGAGGAGAAUCAAACUGGGAUUCACUCAGGGUGAUGUUGGACUUGCUAUGGGGAAACUGUAUGGAAAUGAUUUUAGUCAAACAACAAUCUCUCGCUUUGAAGCCUUGAACCUCAGCUUUAAAAACAUGUGCAAGCUUAAACCCUUGCUUGAAAAGUGGCUAAAUGAUGCAGAGAAUUUGACAUCUGACCAAGCUUUGUCCAGCCCAAGUGCCCUGAACUCCUCAGGAAUGGGAAUAGAGGGGCUAAAUCGCAGGAGGAAGAAACGCACCAGCAUUGAGACCAACAUACGAGUGGCCUUAGAAAAGAGUUUUCUGGAGCAGAACCAAAAGCCUACCUCUGAAGAGAUCACAAUGAUAGCUGACCAGCUGAAUAUGGAGAAGGAGGUUAUCCGUGUCUGGUUCUGUAAUCGACGGCAAAAAGAGAAAAGAAUCAAUCCGCCUAGUAGUGGCAGCAUGAGCAGCACUCCUAUUAAAGCAAUCUUCCCAAAUCCUGCUACACUGGUGCCCAGCACUGCUAGCCUUGUGACCAGUAGUACACCGACUACACUGACUGUAAACUCACUUCUGCCUAUAACAAGCACUGCUGUAACUAAUAUUGGCUUCACAGGUAUGAGGGACACAGAUACUUCUGCAAUAUUGCAACAACUUUAUGCUUAUUAUCAUGGCACAACAGGAAUUGGGUCUGCCACUAACACAGCAUCAGUGAUCUCAUCCGCACCGGUCGCUUCCUCGGCUGUGAACUCGCCUUCUCUCAGCCCUUCCCCUACUUCAUUACCUAUGUCAGCCACAGAAUCGGUCAGCACACACGAGACCAGUACCACCACACAAGCAUCCACUGCCAUGUCGUCUCCACUGGGUACCAGCCAGGUCAUGGUGACAGCAUCUGGACUGUCAGCAGCUUUGCAAGGAGCAGCCACGCAGCUGCCUGCUAAUGCAGGAUUGGCAGCUAUGGCAGCAGCAGCAGGGCUUAAUCCUGGUCUGAUGUCCUCUCAAUUUGCACCAGGUGGUGCCUUACUAAGCCUCAAUCCAGGAACAUUUGGCAGUGCUUUAAACCCAGCGUUGUUGAGCAACAGUACCCUUAUUCAAGCUCUUGCAUCUGGUGGGUCCCUUCCAAUAACCUCUCUGGAUGCCAGUGGAAAUCUCUUGUUUGCUAAUGCAAAUGCAGGGGGUAACCUUGUGACUGCCCCAUUGUUCCUUAACCCGCAAAACCUUUCUUUG